AUGGGUAAACCGAAGCGAAACGUCCUUGCCGCUGCGCAAGAGGCCCUCACUCCUCCCGACACCCUCGAGCCGACGCAGGCUAUCGUGCGCGUCCUGAAGCCCGAGGGAAACAACCUCUACACCUGCGAGAUGCCCAGCAAGAAGCACGUUGUUCUCGAGCUCGCCCAGCGCCUCCGCAACACCAUCUGGAUCAAGCGCGGCGGCUACGUCCUGGCCGAGGGAUAUCCCGUGGGAACGCAGGACAGCCGGGCAGCUGGGGAAAUUGUCAAGGUUGUGCGCGACGAGAAGCUCUGGCGGAAGCAGCCGUAUUGGCCAAAGGAAUUCGAAAAGUCGGUCCAGGAAGACAGCGACGAGGAGAGCGACUCCAACGUGGGGAAGCUGCCGCCUAGUGACGACGAGGAAGAUGAAGACGAAGAAUGA